AUGAGUCACACCACCGGGACCCGAAUCAAUAAUCACACGAAUGAAGAAGAACGAAAAAUGAUCAGAGUCCAAUCCGUCCUCGCGCUCUGCGAACGAUGCCCGGCGAUACAAAGCACGUACAAAGGGUUCGCCAACAAAGACACGAUCGCCCCGUUACCAAAAACCGAACGGAUACCAGACCCGGUGGCAAUAAUCGCCAAAAAUCUCUCCAAGGAACGGAAACACUAUUUACAAAAAGUGCGAGCGCGAGGGAUGCCGGAACGGUUUUCGGUGAGCCUGGCGAAACCGAGAGAUUGGAGGAGAACGGUGAAAGUGAGAGCACCGAAACGGAGACAAAUGCGUUUGAAAGUGGAGGAGCAACGGGAACGAGAGGAAGAGUUGGAGCGACGGCAACGACACCGCCGACGAGAAGGAUUGGUAUCGGAAAGAAGCGGAGGCGGAAGAACGACGACGGCGAAGAAGACAAAGAAUACGAAGAAGAAAAAGAACGACGACGACGAUUCAGAGGACGACGAGAACAAGAACUCGAACGAAAACGAAACGGCGACGACGACGACAAAAACGCGAAGAAAAAGAGAAGAAGAAGGCGAAGACGAUACGGCGAAAGUCACGUCGCCGUUGAUUAAACGGGCGACCAAGAGAGGGAAGAUUCCGGUGAAUUUUAUGCGCAAGAAGAAAGGGCCGAGCGGAAACAACGCGGAGAGCGACAUCGACAACAACGGAGGUGGAUCGAACAAUAACACCGAGGAGCAAUCGAACAAUAACGCCGAUGGAAACAACGCGAAAGAUGACAACACGUUUUCGCUGAACAAGAAUUCGAACGUGUCCUCGGAAACGGUUGUCGUGGAGUCGCCGUUUAAUAAGCAAAAAGCGGGAGCGAACUCAAACGGAACGAACAACAAAAAAGACACAUCGGCAAAAACAACGACGACGACAGCGGUGGUGGUGGAAGGCGACGAAGCGGCCGCAGCAGCGGAUGCGCUUCAACGACAACGAGAACAAGAACAAGAACAGAACAAGAACACGAAAAACCCGGACGUCGGGCGAAUCAAAAUAACCGUCACGAUAACGCAAAAAGCGAGGAGGAGUCAAGCGAACUCCAUUCGGAUUCCCCCGACGAUCGUUGCUGUGAAUAAAAACGCCACGGCGUACGAUUUAAUCAACGCGUUAGUCAUUACAGCGCCAAUGCACUUUGAUAACGGGCAACAACCAACGUUACACUGGGAUUUUCACCACGUCCCAGAUUUUUCUACCAUUCACGGUUUCGCCGUCGGAAGCUGGAAAGUGGAUGUCUUCGAGGAGGAUUUGACUGAUAUGGCGACGUUAGAGCUUCGCGCGUCUCCAGGAACAAUGAUUCGUUCGCCGGCGUUGAGCAAAAACGCCCCGGAAGGGUUUCAACCGUGGCUUGCGCCGGAGAAUUUGCGGGUAGAGUUGGACGGGUCUCGCGACCGAGGCUUUGCCGAACGAGACGCGAUCACGACUUUCGAUCGACACUUCAUGAAAAUUCAAAACUAUCCGAACGGGUCCAACAACAUGCAUAACAUGAUUGGACACGGCGCCAGCGACACCGCGGCCGGUGCCGGUAGCGGCGACGGAGAGAACAACCUCGAGAGCAACACGAACACGAACAACAACAACAACAACAACAACAACAACACGAGUAACAACAACAAUAAGAAACGCAUCAUGAAAAACGCGCGAUACUACGAAGGCUUCAUACAGCACGUCAACGAAAACGACCACAACAUGACUUCUCAAGUCUUGCACCCUGGUCGCACCUCCUCUGGUCCUAUGAUCAAACUUCUGCUGGAAACUAAAUCCAUGCCUCACGCGGAAGGCGCUGGAUGUUCCAUCGUGGACGUCGGUUCCGGCUGCGGCAAUUUUGCCCGGGGCAUCAAGGACGCCUUCCCGUUCAGUUCCGUCUGCGGCAUCGAAAUCCAAAAAGAGCUCGUCGAAUCCUCGCGCGCCGACCACGGCCACAAAGUCACCUUCAUAGCCGGUGCCGCCGAAUCCGAACUCCACCGUUGCGUCAACGCCACCCACAUCCUCGCCACGACGAAAAACUUUGAAACGAAAACCAUCGACCACAUCGUCAACGUCGCCGCGAGCUUACCUUUACUCACGCACCUCGUCAUCAACGAAUCUCGUUUAUGCACGACAAUGUGUAAAGUGAGGAUAAAAUCCUGUUGCGUUUUCGAACCGAUCGAAACCAGAUCUAUUAGCACGCACUGGGGGAACACCGGCUUAGAUUUCACCGUCUACCGACGAAGAACGAGAUGGACAGAAAAUCCGUACGGUCACGUUCCGAGAGGUGAAGAUACCGCCCGCGCGUUCGCGGAGAGAGCUUUGUGCAACGAUAAACGCAUCCACAGUACGCAUCAUCGGUAG